AUGAGUUAUUUGGAGGAUUCCCCAUUACUGGAUACGUCGCUCACAGGUGAUAAAAUGGAAAAAUGGGUUACCGCGCUAACUAAAGGUGAAAAGAUCGAGAUUGACGUAUAUGGAAAACCCACAGAGCAGCAGCUGAGGGAGUUAGAAAACGUCAAAAACUUGAGCAAAGAGCUACAAGAUAACUUACAUGAAUUAGAGAACUCAGUACGCAAUCCCGAUGCAGAAAACGAAGCAAUGAACCCCACCGCUCCUAUCCUGGACUUCUCAGAAGACCAUGAAUUUGUUUCGGCUAACAAACUCGACGAUUAUUACGCGGAGGAAGAUAAAGCAGAUGCAAGAGAAGAAGAGAAGAGGAGACUGACAAAGGGUAAAGCACCCAUGACUGAAAUGCAGAGGUUUUAUAAGGAUCAGUGUGUGUUUUUGACGGGCGGUACUGGAUUUUUGGGUAAAGUUUUAAUAGAAAAAUUGCUGCGUUCGUGCAAAGAAAUAGACACAAUUUACGUACUUAUCAGGGCGAAAAAAGGAAAAGAUGCUACAACACGGCUUCAUGAUCUUCUCGAUGAAUUCCUUUUCCACCGCGCUCACGAUGUAAAUCCAAAAGGAAUACAUAAAGUUGUUCCAAUUAUCGGUGACAUGGAACUGCCUGGACUUGGACUUUGUGAUGAAGAUAGAAAAACACUCACAUCCAAGGUCACAAUCAUAAUAAACGGAGCUGCAACGGUGAAAUUCGAUGAAAAGCUUUCUAUUUCCACUGGGAUCAACGUCCGAGGAACUAAAGAAAUGCUCAAACUUGCGAAAGAGUGUAGAAACUUAAAAGCGUUUACCCACGUGUCGACAGCCUUUUCCAAUACCCACGUGAAACAUAUAGAGGAGAGAUUUUACGAGCCGCCAAUGACUGUAGAAGCGUUAGAAGCCGUCUCCCAACUAGACGAACGAUUAUUAGAGGAAAUCCUGCCUAAGCUUUUGGGCAAAUAUCCGAACACUUACUGUUUUACAAAAGCAAUUGCUGAAGAGGCGGUCAGGAGAUACGGAGAGGGUAUGCCUAUAUGCAUCGUCAGACCUUCAAUAGUUGUGUCCACUUACGAAGAGCCAGUUCGUGGCUGGACAGACAGCGUGUAUGGGCCGACUGGACUCAUCAUCGGCAUCGGUACUGGAGUAUUACGCACGAUGUAUAUGGAACUGGACAAGGUGGCUGACAUGGUGCCCGUGGAUUUGACCGUCAAUGCUAUACUGGCCUCCGCCUGGUACACGGCAAAGCAUUUUAAAGAAAACCAAACUUCAACCAUCCCUAUCUACAACUACGUGUCGGGCGCCCAAAACCCUAUCAGUUGGGGUGAUUUCAUCGAACUCAACAGAAAGCACGGCAUGGACAAGCCUACAACGAAGGCCGUUUGGUACUACGGUCUAAACCCAACGAACAACUACUACUUGUUCCUGUUCUAUAAUUUCUUUCUGCACUUCAUUCCUGCGUUACUUGUGGAUAUCUACUGCACGUUGACGUGCCGGCGAAGAGUAAUGUUAAAGCUGUAUAACAAGGUGAUGAAGAUUGCCAAAAUUCUAUUUUACUUCUCUACACAAGACUGGAGGUUCACCGAUAACAACGUGAGAGAGAUGUGGCGCUCCCUGUCAGGAGCUGACCGUGCUGUGUUUCCCUUCAGCAUAAGCGAAAUGUCUUGGGAUUACAUGACUGAGACGUUCUUGUUAGGCAUUCGUGUGUACCUGGUCAAAGACGAUGUGUCAACUCUACCUGAAGCGAGGAAAAAGUGGAACAGAUUAUACUACAUGCAUCAAUUUCUGAAAAUAACCACAUUGUCUGUGGUUCUUUAUCUAGGAUAUUUGUUUGUACGUCUGUUAUUCUCGCUUAUCCUUGGUUGA